UUUGUAUUUUUCAGAAAGUAAACAAUAAGUUUAAUUAAAAUAAGUUUUAAUUGGCUUAAAAUUAUGAUAAAAAUGAAAUAAAGUAUGAGAUUAAAGUAUUAAAUUAGAAAAGAAACUUAACUAUGGAUAAAUUAGAAAAAGACCUUAUCUCACUAAAACAAGAAUUAAAAUGCUGGGAAUCAAUGUUUACAAGGAAAUAUGGAAGAAAACCUUCAAAGAAAGAUAUUGAUGAGAGUGCUGCUGAGAUAAAAGAUUCAUACAUAGCAUAUUCAGUUUUAAAAAAAAAGAAGCAUGAAAGUGAUAAAAAAAGUCCUAACAGUAUAGAAAAUAAUGAUGAUGUAUUUGGAGCAAAUCUUUUAAAAAAACCCAUUAGUGAAAUAAAGCCACAAAAAUCAUUAAAAAUAAAAGAUAUUCAUUAUGAAAGAAGACCUAUAUUUAAAAAAAAUAAAAUUGUUGAAACAGACAAACUGGAAUCUGCUGAAAUUGUUUUUGAGGAGCCAACUAAAAAUGAGCAACCUGUAAUGGCUUUUGAAAUUGAAAACAAAAUAAAUAUUCCUGGCGAAAGUAUAAACAGAAAAUCAAUAUCAGCAUUGAGAAAACGUCAGUCAUUGUUUACUAAUUACUCAAAGCUCUCAGUUGAUUGGUUAAAUAACUCCAAUGAUUUAGCCAAUAAAAAUGAUGAAAUACAUAUGUGUAAUGAUGAAACAGGUAUAAAAUGUGCAAGAAAUCCAUCAGCCAAUACACAAAAUAAUUUUUUCAAAUGCAAAGAUAUAUCAUCCUCUGGAAAUAACUUAUUUAAUAAAAGUUUUGACCAAUCAGAUGUUUUUGUUGAAACAAGUUUUAAAUCAACUUUUGACCAAUCUUUGCUUCAUUCAAAUGAUUCUAUUUCUACUAUGUCUCCAAUAAAAACGGAUUCAAAUUCAGAUUGUUUGUUAGGAUUAAAAACAGCAGAAUCGAUCAGAACAAAUGAGUCUGAUAGAAAAUAUACAUUAAGAUCCAAAAAGAAUAACAUAAAUAGUGAAGUGUGUGACAGGAAUAUUAGUAAUGAAUUUUGUGAUAGAAAUAAUUUUGCAAGUCAAAAAAAUGGCACAACUAGUGAAGUUUAUGACAAAAAUGAAAACAGUGAAAAAGUUGAAGAAAAAAAGAAGAUUAAAGAUUCUGAGUUGCUAAGUAAUAUAGAUAAAAAUAAAAAGUUGGAAGAAGAAGUUAAAAAAAAUUUCAAUCAAAAUUUGAAUGCUAUUGAAAAAAAGGUGAAAAGAAAAAGAACCGAAACAGAUGCAGAUGAAGAAAAUGUUGAUCCUAAAUCAAAGAAGAUUAAAAUUAAAAAAGUUAAUGCUAAAAGGUUGGUAAGUGACAAUUUUGUAAAAAUUGAUAUAAAAAAAAAGACUUACGUGCGAGCUGUUAAAAAAUUAACUGGAGCACAAUAUAAAAGAAAGCAAUGGAAACAAAAAACAUCUUUUGAGCAGCCAAGUAAAAAAGGUUGGCAGGUAAUUGGCUACAAAAAGACCUGUUUUAAGUGUGGAGGAGAAGGUCACUGGGCAAAAUUCUGCCGUGGGUUAAAAAAAGUUGAUCCUUUCAGCAAACUUGAUGCAGAAAAGCAGGACUUUGAAAAUCUUGAAGACAACAAGCAAAGUUGUUUUACUUUUAUGGAAAACAACAUAGAAAAUGAAGUAAACAAUACAAAGAAGAAAUUUUCUAUGGAAGCAGAUGUAAUGAAUAUUGAACCAAUUUGGCCUCGAGAACCAUAUGUUGAUGAACCCUGCACAACAGUUAAUGAAUGUUUAAUCCCACCUGUUGAUGGAAAGCCAAGUUUAGAAGCUUAUGACUAUGUAAAAAAUGAACUCAAGGUGUUUGGCUUUGAAUCAUUUCGUGUUGGUCAACAUGAAGCCAUUGCAAGAAUUGUUUCUGGUUUGUCCACCUUAGUUAUUUUAUCAACUGGUUCUGGAAAGUCAUUAUGUUACCAAUUGCCAGCUUUUUUAUAUUAUAAGCAAAAAAAGUAUUUGACAAUAGUUGUAUCACCAUUAGUUGCUUUGAUGCAGGAUCAGGUUGCAAGUCUCCCACCAUUUCUCCCAGGUGCAUGUUUAAACAGUAGCAUGACAAAGCUUCAGCAAAAACGUGUUAUUGAAAAAGUUAAAAAUGGUAAGAUAGCUGUACUACUGAUUUCACCAGAAACACUUGUAUCUGGUGGAUUUGGAUCAGGAAUUCUUCCUUCAAAAUCAUCUUUGCCACCAAUUGCAUUUGCAUGUAUUGAUGAAGCACAUUGUCUUUCGGAAUGGUCACAUAAUUUUAGGCCAUCUUACCUAAAAGUGUGCAAGGUUCUUCGCGAACGUUAUAAUAUUAGCAAUUUGUUGGGAAUCACAGCCACUGCUUCUCAUGCAACAGCGAUAUCUGUAAUGCAACAUUUAGAAAUUCCUUUAGAAGGUUCUAUAAUAAGAGAUCCUCAUCCAAUACCUCCUAAUUUGCACAUUACCGCUUCUAGAGAUUGCAAUAGAGACGAGGCUUUAACUGAAUUACUACAGAUGAAGCCAUUUUUAUCUUGUGAUUCCAUCAUUAUUUACGUAACUCGUCGUACGGACGCAGACAGGUUAGCUUCUAUGCUGAGAACAAGCCUUCCAGCUAAACAUACCGACGAAAACGUGCAAAAUCAAAAAGAUGCUACGAUACUGAAGGGUAAAAAAAAAAAUGCGAAAAAACCAUUUUGGUGGAACAUCGAAUCUUACCACGCUGGUUUAAAACCCUCCCAACGUCGUCAAGUUCAAAUAAAUUUUAUGUCUGGAGACUUAAGAAUUGUUGUUGCUACUGUUGCAUUUGGAAUGGGUUUAGAUAAAUCGGAUGUGCGUGCUGUAAUUCAUUAUAACAUGCCUAGCAGCUUUGAAAAUUACGUUCAAGAAAUAGGACGUGCAGGUCGGGAUGGAAAACCAUCAUAUGUUCAUGUGUUUCUUGAUGAUGAUGGGAAUGACCUUUACGAGUUGCGACGUCAUAUCUAUGGAAACACAGUUGAUCGAAGUACAAUUCAAAAGUUUGUUGAUAUUGCUUUCCCACCAUGUAAAUGUGAAGAGUUAUGUGCAAAACACGAGGUUUUAAAUUCUAACAAUCAAGAAAACAUAGAAAAGAUGUCAGUGGAUGAAAUCAAUGAGAUGUUUUCAGCUGAAUUUUGCAGUCAAAUGAUUAAUGACUGCUCUUUGAUCGAAGAUGUACAAAUAAAUAAAUGCUGUUACGAAGAGAACGUUGAAGAUAAGGUUAACACAAAUGUGUGUAACGAAGCGCGACUUAAAAGUGAUAUAAAAAACAAUGUUUGCUCAGGUCACCGCGUUACCUUUAAUAUAGAUAGCACUGUUCAAGCUCUUGAUAUGCCAGAAGUUAACAUUGCAACAUUAAUGGCGUAUUUAGAACUUCACCCUAAACGUUGGCUAAAAGUUUUAAAUCCAUUACGAGACUGGUGUUCAGUCAAAUGUUAUGGGGGACCUGAACAAUUUCAAUUACUGGCUAAGAGAUUUGCUCCUAUUGCUUUGGCUAUAAAAAGUCUACCAAAAGAUCAGCUACGCAAUAUCAAUGAAAUGAGAAGUAUUGAUUUCAGUUUUGCGGAAAUUGCUGAUCAGAUGUGUUGGGAUGUUUUAACUGUAUCUCGUGAGGUUCGCUAUCUCCAAUGGAACAUGUCGUUUGCACUUGAUGCGCCUUUGAACACAACGGGAAACUCUGGUGUCAUAGUUGAAUGUGAUCAGCUUUCAUUUCACAUUUUAACUGCUUCCGGUUUAAGCAAUGCCGAUAAAGACGAAAUAUGCGACUAUUUACACGAGAGUACAACAAGACAAGAGGAACAAAGAGUUUUGCAAUUAGAUGCGUUAUAUAACUUAUUUCGAGAUUUGUCUGAAGAAAACUAUUACGAAUUGAAGAGUGAUAUUCGCGUUGACAGUAAAGCUCGUUCUUCUAUUAGUGAUUAUUUUCUUUGUAGCGCUGAGCAACAGUUAGCUAUUUUAAAAGAAAUGUGCUCGUGUGAUCUUAAAGUAAAAACAUCAAACCGUCGAUGGAAUGCUAUAUCAAGUGAUAUUAGUUCCUUGUUAUGUGCUUAUCCAGAUCAGAACUUUACCGGUCGAGCUAUUGCACGUAUAUUUCAAGGUAUUGAUAGCCCUUGUUAUCCUGCGUGGUCUAUAGGAAGUGAUAAACGAUUCUGGAGGCAAUACCUUGAUGUUGAUUUUAAUGAGUUACGUAACUUUUGCGGCCUUGAGCUUGUUAAAUAUAGGCGUCGCUAAUAUACUAUUUUAUAAAUAACACAAAACAAUUAAAAAAAUUGUUAUAGUUAACUAGGGUAAUAAAUUAUUUAAAACUGUUUUUUUUUGUU